AUGUUGCCAGCGUGGAUUAAGACCCUCGUCGCUUGGGUCCUGUUGGCCUCUGUGGCACACGCCCAAUUCCAGUUCUUCGAGCACAUGUUUGGAGGUGGCGGUGGUCACCAGGAACGCCAACAACAAGCCCCUCAGAACGUACCUAGUGACAGUUCACGGUAUCAGAGUCAAUGGGAAUCAGCACAUUGCGAUAAAUACCUCUGCCCUGGAACCCUCGCAUGCGUUCAUUUUCCCCAUCAUUGUCCAUGCCCUCACCCGGACGUAGAGGAGAAGGUCGAACUGGGUGAAGGGAGUGCAGUUUGUGUUUCGAGGGGCGGAUAUCAAGCUGGGGAAGCAUCGCGAAAGAUUGAGUUGGCUCGGAAGGGGCUUUUGUGA